AACGCCGUGAAUCGGCAUACAUCGCACCUGCGCCUGUCAGCCGAGAUGCACGACAUCAGCAUGACGCCCACGUCUUCUGGCUCCCAUGAUGAGGAGGCGCGGUUCUUCAACCCCGCUAUGAUCCCGCUGCCAUACUGGUCUUCGCCGUCGCGGUCGGCCGGCCCGAAAUAUGUGCUUGUCUCCCGUCUCGUCACCACGGGGUAUCAUCAGGAGUCGCAUAUUUGUCUCGCGGAUAUUUGUACGAACACGAACGCAAGCAAAGUCCUUCCGCUGGACACGCGCGCAUGUACGGCGUCAGAUCUGUCCAUGCUGGGCGGCCGCGGAGGCAUGCGGUGCGUGACGGAGCCCGUGAAGAUCAACAUCCCAUCGACACCGGCUGAGCGAUGCGACACCGCGUGGCUCGCAUUCCCCGAUAUCCCUGGUUUCCACGACCCGCGGGUGUUUUGGAGUGGGAAAGGCGAGCCGUUGAUCCUGGUCAACAGCGCCAGUCGGUACGGCUGCCUCGGGCUGUGGGUUGUGGAUCUCCGGAGAGUCUUUCCCGAGUUGGAUAAGGUGUUGGAGCCACGCCAGCGACUGCGGCAAAACCAGAGAGAGCAAGGCACGGGAGGGAAGGGCAGCAGCAGCACUGGUACGAUGUUGAUGAGUUAUCCGCACUUGACGGAAAUCACGCGCAAUCCGAGAUCGAGUCGAAGUCUUGUCGAGAAGAAUUGGGUCUUGUGGUUUCCAAAUCACGAGGAAGCCUAUGUUCAGUACGAUAUGCUAGGACGAACAUUCGCCAAACUUACCGGCAACGGGCUUACCACGCGUAACUUGACCUCACCCUACGAGCUGCCCUGCUUCACCGACGCCCAAGAAAAAGACAAAUUUGGAAACCCGGGUCGCUGGCAUCAAGGCUCAAACGCACUGAGACUGCUUCUCUGCACGCGUGCCGAGGCUCGGAUGGGGCAAUGUGAGGAGGAGCAAGCAAUAGAAGAUGGCAGAUCAAUACAUUUCGCGGUCGUGCACCGGAAAUUCAGCAAUGUGAUCCACCUACCAUUGAGGUAUGAAAGAUACGUGCUUCUCUGGGAGAGCAGGAAGCCAUUUCAAGUUGUGGGGAUGAGUAAGUUCCCUUUGUUGAUGAGGGAAGAACGGGCGAAACCAUGGAGUGAUGCUGAAAAUUGGCCGGGAAUGGGAAAUAGGAAAGCCAAGACAGGGGGGAAUUGGACACUAAAUCAGGAUGGUGGAUUAUCAGGUCGACCCAAUGGCAAGGUACAGGAUCACACGCAGUCCCAUUUCACCUAUACCCCCGGUCUCACAUGGGCGUGGAAGCCUCAUUCCCCAGGACUUGGGGAAGACGAUGAAGAUGACAUCGACCACAUGUCGCGCCUGGGGGUGGGGUACCUUGGUGAUGAAGUCCUUGUGGGGAUUGGGGUGGAUGAUGUCUCUCAAGGCUUUGCAAAAGUCAAAGUCGAGGACCUUCUGCAGUGUUUGAGACUAUGUCCUGGUGUGGGA